CAGCACCAGCGCUGAAGAUCCACCGAUCUGACGGUACAUGGAUCCCCUGUGAGAACAGCGAGCACUCCGGCCAGGGGGCGUACGCGGUGUGUGAGGCGUGAUGGCGUUGUGCUCUGAGGCCUGUGUCUCCGGCUCAGGAGGAGAAUCAUCUGGGAGUGAGACGGGCUCUAGCUGUCUUCAGUUUGGUGUUCGUUCCUAUCUGCACCACUUCUAUGAGGAGUGCUCGUCUUCGAUGUGGGAGAGAGACCAGGAAGACCAGGGGUUCGUCCAGAGCCAGAGAUCAACCCAGCGGUGGAGCUCAGCAGUCUGGAAGGUGUCCUUGGCCUUGGGUCUCCUCAUCCUUACUGCAGGUAUUGCCAGCCUGUCCGUCGGCUAUUCCACCCCUCGCAAGAUUGAGUCAUUUGGAGAUGGAGAUCUGCUCUUCGUGGACACCCAGGCCAUCAGCUUCAACAGGGGGCUGCACCUCAGCACUGCGGCGGGGAUUGGGCUCUCCUGCAUGGGCUCGGUUCUCACCAUGAUAGGGGUCGUGCUCUGGAUCCUGCUCAGGGCUGACUUCAAGGAGGGGCUCUUCCACAGAGAGGACGAUGGAGAAAGGAGAGGAGAGUGGGGAUCAAAGGGGAGAGAUUUCAGGGAUGCAGGAGAGGCAAUCACUAAGCCGCCAGGUAUAGAGGAAAGAAAAAUACCCGUCACACUGUCAAAAGUAGAGGGCGUCCAGCCCACUUCAUGAAAAGAUCCUCAUUGAGCUACAUGGUGUAUGGGCUUCUGUUGUAGUCCAGGGGCCUCAUUUAGAGGAAGACCUCAUUAUCAUAUUUGAUUUUACAUACCUGGUAGAAAAUCACAUCAAAGUAGUUAAUAAUAAAAUCUUAACAUGACAAAGUAUAAAUAGAUUGUAGCUAGUUUAGGAUUUUAUUUUAAGUCUAUAAAAUGUUGCAUAAAGUGGCCAAUUAUCGGUAGUGUGCAAAAAAUUUGCCAACUGAGGCAUGAGAUUCCUUAUGAACCUUCCAAUGUGCAUCACACUGAAGACAGAGAAAAUUAUGCUUUAAAUAAGCUGAUAAUAUAAGGACACAACUGGCUACAGGGCAAUGACUGGUGGGAUGCAUUCACAUUCAAGUGCAAGAUAUUUUUUGUGAUUCACAUAUUCACAAAUACAUAUCACACAGGUACUCUUCUGUCCAUGAGCAUUUUCAGCAUUAUUCUGUCUCAGAUAUCUUUUUAUAAAUCAAACAUAAGCACAAUUUGAAAAAAAUGAUUUCAAAAUGACAUGGAUCCAAGUACCUUUUUAUAAAUGAGGCCCGAGGACUUCGAUCAGAGCCCUGAUUUUAACCUGAAAACAUCUCUUGUUUGUGGUGCUUUGAUGUCCUGUCCACAAAGUCUUCACACCUUGUAGGGCAGCACAGAGCCAUGGUUUCUGGCUGCUGCAUAGACUGUGUUUGUGGAGUGCACUUGUGUUCUAUUUGAAAAAAAAAAAAAAAAAAAAAAAAAAAAAAGCAAUGAAAAAGUCCAGCUAAGACACUUACACUGAGGAGAACCCAGUGAAUGAUGGUUGGAAACUAUUAUUUGUUAUCUCUUUAAUAGAUUUCUAAUUUCACUCAGUGAUUCUUUUCAGGUAUCAGUUUGCCAAGCAGUUAAUUAAGUGAAGAGACAGUGCUAUAACAAGAGCCACUUAGUAAAACCUGCUCAACCCCCCCGCACCUUUACAAUCACAUACACCUCAUGGGAAAUUUUAAAAUGUGCUAACACAGAAGAGGGUAAGGAUGUAAACAACUGUAGUAAGUCUGUAUUCAUAGGUUCAUGUAUUUCUACUAAUGACUGUCUCAUUGCAUUGACACACAGACACACACAUGCACAUUCACACCCUCUUCAACAGCCAUUCACCUGCUCUGCUGCACACCCACCUACCCGCAAACACACACACACACACACACACACGCACACACACACAGUCAUACAUACACACACACAUGCCUGCUCCAUUGACAAUAUCACCUAUUUUCUCCGCACUGUAAUCUGGCUUCAUAAUUGCCUGCAAUCUGUGUCUCCCAGCAACAGUUGGGCCUCAAGUGCUCUAUUUUCUACCUGGAACAAGAAGCCUCAUCUCUGAUUGGUCCGUCACUUCCACUCUCUUUAUUUUUUUGCACCAAUCACAUCAUUUGUGUGCAGGCAUAUACAGUAGAAGCGAGUAAGUAGUGAAGCAUUGAAUAGAGAGAAAUUUGCACUGGCACCUUCGAGGCCACUUGUUUUAUUUGGUCCUCCAGUUUAGUUAUAGCUUGGAAAAUAGGGUGCAACCAGUUCACAAACAAAUGACUGAAAAUAAAAAUGUCCAACAAUCAUGACAUCCUGACUGGUUGAGUGCCCCGGGUUCCUCUAGAUGUUAACAUUGUUUUACUGUUUUUAUUGUGUUUUUGGCUGUGAUGAACUAGAUGGAAUGGCAUGAGGGUCAAGUGUCACUGGAGUGGGGCAAAUAUCCA